AAUACAUAUAAAGUUAUUCUACCAAUACCCGCCCGGUGUGAAAAAAGAAACAUAUUUCCUAUAACGUUCAACGAAUCAGGAUGCGAGGCUGACAUGGCAGAGGGUAGCGUGGAAGACGAUAACAGUGAGAUGUUAGGUCCUACAGCGCCGUCUAUUCAGCAGACGCAUAUUCCACCAAAUUCAAAUGAUACCAAAGAUGAGGAGAGUGACUGUGAUAGCAUCGUUAGUUCCCCUGAACCUGCAUAUACUAUGGGAGUGGAUAUGGGAUCCAAUGGUACCAAAUCUUAUUCCAGCAGGAUGAAAGAAGAAGACUCAACUAACGAACCCCAAGUUCCACCACCUAAUUCCCAAAUUAACGGUGCAAUGGCAGGUCUCAUAACGCUACAGAAUUUGGCAUCAAUGCAACAGAAUUCACCUCUGGGACCCACAAUGCAGAACAUAUCAUCAAUUGGUACGAAUAAUUCUGCAAAUACCCCACUCAAUCUUAGUGUCAGUGCUUCAGCUGCUACCCCUAGGAGUAAUCAGACCUCCAACUCCAAGAUAGACAAUGUACCUAGCAUGCUCCCUAAUCCACUAACAUCUCAUCCCGGAGCUGCCAACGGUCUUCAGGCUACUCCGAAUCCUAUGUUGGCUGCACAGCAACCUGUACUAAUGCCGCAAAUGAUUUUAGCAUCAGGACAACUCGUCCCUGGCAUACAGGGUGCUCAAUUAUUGAUACCAACAUCUCAAGGUCUAGUCACCCAGACAAUCCUUACCAUUCCAGUCAAUCAUGUAAAUAGUGCGGACCAAAUGGUGAACUUAGCUUUAAGUAAUGGGCAGGUGGUUUCUACAACUCUAGCCAAUCUACAGGCGAUGGCACAUACAAACUUAUUAAAUAAUACAGCCGCAGCAGCUGCAGCUGUAAAUCCAGUAACGAAUGGUGCGAUAGGAGCUAAUAUACUGGCUGGUACUGGACUUUCACAUAUAUUGAACAAUGGGUCAUCUCAAAAUAUUCUUCAGAAUCUUCCUAAACUAUUGACGACGCAUUCUCCAACGCAGCCUCUGCUGAAUGCUAUGAAUGCAGCCCCAAUAAUAACAUCGCAAGCACAAAUGUCAAUGCAUAGUACUUCAAGUAGCCCACAUAAUACUCCCCCUCAUAGAAAUCACAUGGCACCUACGAAUCAUUAUGGGGAAACAAAACAUCAUGCAUCGUCACUACCCCAAAGCUGUACGCCACCAAACAUCCCAUCUAUUCCUUCUAUGAACGGAGAGUUGACAAUAACUCCAACUCAUGUUCCAAAUUCUAGUCAGAGUUUCAAACGAUCCCCGCCGAGGAGUGAAUCACCUGGUGGAAAUGACACUUCAUCAAAUGACCUUAUGAUAGAUUCUCCGAAUCAACCUACUAUAAGCCAAGCCAAUAGCAAUGUUAUUGAUGGAAUAAAUUUAGACGAGAUCAAAGACUUUGCGAAAGCCUUCAAGUUGAGAAGACUGUCAUUAGGAUUAACACAAACACAAGUUGGACAAGCUUUAAGCGUUACAGAGGGUCCAGCUUACAGCCAGAGUGCAAUAUGCAGUGCCCUGGCUUCACAGAUGUUUGCAGCCGCGCAACUCACUUCUCAACAGCAAGCAAUGUUCGAGAAAUUGGAUAUUACGCCUAAAAGUGCACAGAAAAUCAAACCAGUACUGGAAAGAUGGAUGAAAGAAGCGGAAGAUAGGUACAAAAGUGGACAAAAUCAUUUAACAGACUUUAUAGGGAUUGAGCCAUCUAAGAAGAGAAAAAGACGGACAUCUUUCACGCCUCAAGCAUUAGAAUUACUCAAUGCACAUUUCGAAAGGAAUACUCAUCCUUCGGGAACUGAAAUAACUGGCUUAGCUCAUCAACUAGGUUAUGAAAGAGAAGUGAUUCGCAUAUGGUUCUGCAAUAAAAGACAAGCACUCAAGAACACUGUGAGAAUGAUGUCCAAAAGUGUUGUUUGAACCUGUGAUCUUCAAAGAAUCAGUUGUUACUGUGUACAGUGUAAAUAAUUUGUACCAACAUUGUAUAUUAUCCUAGUGGUAACACCAGAAUACUCGUAUCAUAGGUGUAUAUUAUUUCCGAAAUAGAAAAUUUUAUGAAAAAUAAUAGUAUGAAGAGUACAUGUCAGUAUUGAUUCAUUCGAUAUAAAUAAGUGUUAUUUUAUUGUUAAUUUUGAAAUUAUUUUAUUCAACAUAUUAUUAUUGAUAGGUUCAAUUAUAGAUUAUUAUUUUUCGGAAGUUUUCAUUCACUUAACUAUUUACCAUGGAUAUAUCUAAUCACCCAAUUAACGUUACGAUUCUCAUUCAAUCGGAAAACAUACGCUUUUAAUUGAUUCCUUGUUUUUUUCUGCAGAAUAACCCUCGCCGAUGAUAUCCAAUUUCAUUUCAUAUUAUUCAGUCCAAUGAUGGUUUGAGUAUACACCUCUCAAUAACCCCCUUUCUUCAUUGCUUUACUUUAAACUUUCUCCUUUUUCAUUUCAUUAUAGACUCAAGAAAUCCCGUCAAACUAAAGCCAAAGUUCCUACUAGUUUUUAUAUUGUACUUUGUAAAUAAUCCUGUUUAUAAUGGCUAUAUUCAGGUGGCGAAAAGUCUGUGUCAGAUCAGCAACUAUUGUGAAACUAUCAAAAAUAAUAUAAUUGAUGUGAAUAAAUUAUGUACUGUUAGUAGAUGUAAAAAUAAACUG